AUGAGCCAGAAUGCAGAGCGGUUUGGAGUCGUGGUGUACGGAGAGGAGCUGAGAGCGGACAUGGAGGCAGAGGAAGCAAAGCCGGUGGGCCGUCAGGUGCCGGGGCCGGGCCAAGUUAUGAGCGCAAAGCAUAAUGACACUUUCAACUUGGCGACCUGGCGCAGCCUGCAGAUCGCUGAUGUCAGCUUUGGGCGAGGGCUCGUGGUGUCCUCUGCGGUGGCUCAGGGCGAACUGCUCGUCGUGUGUCAGGCACUGGUCCUCGCACCACAGGACGAGCUGCAGGUAGCUGCUUUGGAGAAGUUGAAGACCUGUUCGGAGGAGGAGUACAAGAACUUCAUGUGUUUGCAGGGUGGCGCUGACGAGCUGCAGCAGGCAUCAACCUUGGUUUCCACCUCAGAUCGUGAUCUGCGAAGCUGGAUCGGUAAUCUUCCGAGGCUCAAACGAAGCCGAAAAGUCGAUGCCAAGAGGGUCCAGAAACUAAUCGACAUCCUGAGCGCCCUUCCCGGUGACUGGUUAGCCCUUCAAGCAGAGAUGAGCAGCCUGCGACCCGCGAAGGUCGCGGAACAGUUUCUGGGCGAUUUGCUGCUCCUCCGGGCCUCCAAGCCGAUCGUCGCCGGCGAGGAGUUGCUUAUGUCGUACGCAUCGACACUUCAGUCCAGGCAGCUGCGACAGAAGUACCUCAACGAAACCUUCGGUUUCUCCUGCUCCUGCCCGCGAUGCAAACUGGAGGCAAGCCUCCUGGACGUAGAGAAGGUGCAGUGGGCCCUGGAGCAGCUUGACUCACUUACGGCCAACUCCGAGAAAAAGACGCUUCCUGAGUUGGUCGAGCAUCUUGAAGGACUUGCCAAGCAUUGUCGACAGGUGAUUGCCGAUGCUUUGAUUUCCUCUGCAGGACUGGUUGGGCCCGAGCCCGUCCAGCGCCUGCUCACUGCGAGCUUUCUACCGGUUUUCAUGGGACUUGCUUUCGCAAGGAAGCGCAUGGGUGCAAGGGUGCAAGCCCUGGAGGUGUACUCCGUCUGCACAGAUUUGUUGGCCGCAGUGCAUCAUGGAAGCAUGUACCAUGUGCACUGGACAUUGGAGACCGCCUUGCAGGCGCAUCUGCAAGGCGACAGCAACGCGCCCCAGCUGAGAACCGAAGCUUGGCAGUGCUGCCUCACGUUCGCUUCGCCUGACCGCCAGGUUUGUGAAGCACUGGCCGCCAAAGCUGGUUGGCCAAAGGAGAUGCUGGACGCCGUGUCUUCCUCUCUUACUGCAAUCCAGAAGGCAGAUCUCGAUUCUUCCGCAAUGUGGAAGUACGUUGUGGAAAAUGAGAAGACCUUUGUCACUGUGAACAUCAUGCUGCCGGAAGGCAUCGAGCGGACCGAUGUGAACAUAGACCUGGCUCCCGAGAAAGUUUGCGUGGCUUCAGCUGGCUAUCCAGACCUUACCAUCGACCUUCCAGUUCCAGCUGAUGCCUAA